AUGACAGAUUUAAUGACUACAUCAAGAAAAUUUAAAUUAGUGUUCCUUGGUGAUCAGAGUGUUGGAAAAACAUCACUAAUUACACGAUUUAUGUACGACACAUUUGAUAAUACAUACCAAGCGACUAUAGGUAUAGACUUUUUAUCUAAAACAAUGUACUUGGAAGACAGAACUGUACGUUUACAACUAUGGGAUACAGCAGGACAAGAACGUUUUAGAAGCCUUAUAGCAAGUUAUAUUCGUGAUUCUAGUGUAGCAAUCGUUGUUUAUGAUAUUACUAAUCGAACCUCCUUUAUAAAUACAAACAGAUGGAUAGAUGAUAUAAAGGCAGAAAGAGGAAAUGAUGUAAUCAUUGUAAUAGUGGGUAAUAAGACAGAUCUUAAUAAUAAACGGCAAGUAACAACAGAAGAAGGAGAAAAAAUGGCAAAAGAACUUAAAACAAUGUUCAUGGAAACAAGUGCAAAAACAGGUCACAAUGUUAAAGCUCUUUUUAAGGAGAUUACACUUAUUUUACCAGGAAUAGGAAAUGCUCACGAUUUAAACAACUCACUAAUGGUUGAUGUUAAUAUUGGUCAACGAGAAAUAAAUCCUCAACAGUCAAAUUGUCAAUGUUAA